UCUCUCUCUCUCCCUCUACGAAGAAGCAAUGGGUCAGGGGCCGUCCAGCGGAAUGAACCGGCAGGGCUCACCUGGAGACCGGAAACAAGACGGCGGAGACAAGAAGGAGAAGAAAUUUGAGCCUGCCGCUCCACCGUCGCGCGUUGGACGGAAGCAGAGAAAGCAGAAAGGUUCGGAGGCUGCUGCCCGCCUGCCCACCGUUACCCCCGUAACAAAGUGCAAGCUGAGAUUGCUGAAGUUGGAGCGCGUGAAAGAUUAUCUGUUGAUGGAGGAGGAGUUCGUAGCCAACCAAGAGAGAUUGAAGCCUCAGGAGGAGAAGGCCGAGGAGGACCGAUCGAAGGUCGACGACUUGAGGGGCUCCCCCAUGAGCGUGGGGAACUUGGAGGAAUUGAUUGACGAGAAUCACGCCAUCGUUUCCUCCUCGGUUGGCCCGGAGUACUAUGUGGGGAUUUUGUCCUUUGUUGACAAGGAUCAGCUGGAGCCUGGGUGCUCUAUCUUGAUGCAUAAUAAGGUUCUCUCUGUGGUUGGUCUUCUUCAAGAUGAAGUUGAUCCAAUGGUGUCCGUAAUGAAAGUAGAGAAGGCUCCGCUGGAAUCGUACGCGGAUAUUGGUGGUUUAGAUGCUCAGAUACAGGAGAUAAAAGAAGCAGUUGAGCUUCCCUUGACUCAUCCUGAACUAUAUGAAGAUAUUGGCAUCAAACCACCAAAGGGUGUCAUAUUGUACGGAGAGCCUGGGACCGGGAAGACCUUGCUAGCGAAGUUUUUCCUUUUCCAGGCAGUUGCAAAUUCAACAUCAGCAACCUUCUUGAGGGUAGUCGGCAGUGAACUGAUCCAGAAGUACUUGGGAGAUGGACCAAAGUUGGUGAGGGAACUCUUCAGAGUGGCAGAUGAUCUCUCUCCAUCAAUUGUCUUUAUUGAUGAAAUCGAUGCAGUUGGUACAAAAAGGUAUGAUGCCAACUCAGGUGGUGAACGUGAGAUUCAGAGGACCAUGUUGGAGUUGCUGAAUCAGUUAGAUGGUUUUGAUUCAAGAGCAGACGUCAAAGUAAUUCUUGCAACCAACCGGAUCGAAAGUCUCGACCCUGCUCUGCUCCGGCCUGGUCGAAUAGAUAGGAAAAUUGAAUUCCCGCUCCCUGAUAUCAAAACAAGGAGGCGUAUUUUCCUGAUACACACAUCAAGAAUGACAUUGGCUGAUGAUGUGAACUUGGAAGAGUUUGUCAUGACAAAGGAUGAGUUCUCGGGAGCUGACAUAAAGGCGAUCUGUACGGAAGCUGGUUUGCUUGCCUUACGGGAGCGUCGUAUGAAGGUGACGCAUACCGACUUCAAGAAGGCGAAAGAAAAGGUGAUGUACAAGAAGAAAGAAGGGGUGCCUGAAGGACUCUACAUGUGAAGCAUCGGAAGGACAGUACUUGUUUGUUACUGUCGCGCGAGUAGCCUUCAUAGGUUGACUCUCUGCGUGCGGGAAAUGGGGUGCAUUCUGUAUUUGUGUUUUCCUUUACUGUUCUUCUAUAUUUGGAAACUGUUUAUGCUAUUGCCAAGAACGCAAUAUCCCAAGCGUCAUCUCCUUAGUUUCUGUCGUAAUUGACUAAUGUAAACUGAAGCUCGUGCUUGAAUCGCUGGAGUUCGAUUUUAAAGAUUUGGAGUUUGGCAGACCUUUGAUCGAGCUAGAAAAUUAGAUUUAUGUACCCUCUUUCAGCUUUGACUUUGUACGACGUUGUAUGAGGGGACCCAUGUUUUGCAGGACAUGUGACUCGUUACAAACGCACCAAGUAAUAGAAG